AUGAAGCUCUCACAAUUCUUUAUCUUCUCUUUUAUUUCGAUUUCUCUUUUUGGAUGUGUUAAUUCACAUCAAGCCCAAAAAUACAACACACUUGAACUUCCUUCAGGGGUAUCUGGCCCUGAAAGCAUUGCUUUUGAUUGUAAUGGAGAUGGCCCUUAUACUGGCAUAUCGGAUGGUAGAAUUUUAAAAUGGCAAGGUUCCAAACAUGGAUGGAAGGAGUUUGCAAUCACUUCCCCAUUCAGGAUUCCUAAAUUUUGUGAUGGAUCACUCAACCCUGCAAUGGAACAAGUGUGUGGGAGACCAUUGGGUCUUAAAUUCAAUGAAGCAACAUGUGAUCUUUACAUUGCAGAUGCCUAUUUUGGGCUAUUGGUGGUUGGGCAAAAUGGUGGAGUUGCCAAACAAGUAGCCAUUAGUGCAGAAGGAGUCCCAUUUCGAUUCACUAAUGCUUUGGACAUUGAUCAAAACACUGGAAUUGUCUAUUUUACCGAUACUAGCACCAUAUUCCAAAGAUGGGCUUAUGCAAUAGCAAUGCAAAUUGGGGAUAAGACCGGAAGGUUACUAAAAUAUGAUCCAAGGACCAAAGAAGUGACGGUGUUGCUAAGAGGCUUAUCCUUUUCAAACGGGGUUGCAUUAAGCGAAGACAAAGAUUUUGUUUUAGUUACUGAAACAACUACCGCCAAAGUCACAAGAUAUUGGCUCCAAGGUCAAAAAUCUCAAUUGAGUGACACUUUUACACAACUUAUUGGGUGUCCGGAUAAUAUUCAAAGAAACAUUCAUGGGGAAUUUUGGGUUGCACAAAAUAAUUGUGGAAGACCAGAAGUAAAAGUUAGACCAGUAAGACUUAAUAAAGAAGGGAAGAUCGUUGAAGAAUUAAGUGUGGAUGUUGGCCCUUUGAGUGAAGUCCAAGAGAAAAAUAAUAGUUUAUGGUUAGGUUCUGUGAUUUUGUCGUAUAUAGGUGUGUUAAAUUAG